AUGCUUCUCGUGGCUGGUCGACAAGCUUCAUUGUUUAUCGUGCUAUUUGUCAUUUCUCAUCUGUUCCGUGACAAUGCCAGUCAGCAGUGUGGAGCCGGCGGCGACCUAUACUCCAUUUACCAAAUGAUGCUCAAGGGCCACACUUACAAGUCGUUCAAGACUGCACCGGGUACUCUAGAAUGCAGAGAAGCUUGUCUUGCUGAUGUCAAAUGUCAAAGCUACAACGUCGUUAUGUUUAUUGCAAUAUGCGAGUUAAACAACCGAACUAAAGAGGCCAGACCAGAGGACUUUGUCAAGAACAAGGACAGAUACUACAUGGCGAAAGGUCCAAAACGAGGUGAUAGAAAAUGCAAAGAUUUAAAAGGAGUAUUACAGUUAAGGAGGGGGGGUGGGAAGGGGGCAAGGGGGCAAGGAGGGAGAGGGGGGCGACACUCACCUGAUAGCUUGAUAUGCGGGCGCAACUUAAAAUGUACCCAAUAUGAUGCUCGGCAUUGUCUGACACAUAUCUUUACAGAAGUGUCAAUAGACUGCCAAUUAUAAAGUAAGUCAUAUAAACAUUCCACACACAGUAUAUCUUAAAGGUGAUGUAAAGAAACAAUAUGGGUAAUCUGACUUUCGUGGAUUUUACGCUGUCAGCAAUGAAUCUUUCUUACUCUUAUUCUGCUAACAUUAAUCGCUUCAAUUGCAGUUCCCCUCGGAUCAAUUCGUGAGUUGCCCGCGGAAUCGUGCAAGGAGAUCAAGGCGAGUGAAGGAGGAAAGGCGGUCAGCGGUAAUAAUUAUUGGAUGGAUUCAACCAGAUCUGGUAACUCUAUUUUAGCUGGCUGUGACAUGAAGACUGAAGGUUCGUACAAGAGAUGGUUCUUAGAAUUGUGUUGCCAUGCCAAUGAGAAGACUUUUCUUAAUCGAUAUUCUUUGUCCCUAGUUGCAGACUAUUGUGUCAAACAUCAGUGCCAAAACGAUGCGAAGUGUGUGAACCGUGACACGAACUACACGUGUGUGUGUAACUCAUCUGGCUUGACAGGAAAAUAUUGUGAAAAAGGUUCGCCUUUUGUUAAAAUCGUCCCCCAUUUUUAGGAGUAUGUUAAACAAAAUGGGGGAUGCUAAAUUAAAAUAUGCUUAUCCAUAGAUGUUAACGAAUGUGUGCAAGGUCUACAUGGUUGUCAUCCCAACGCAAUUUGUAAUAACACUGUGGGUUCCUACAACUGUAUAUGCAGACCAGGAUUAAUUGGAGACGGAAGAAACAGCUGCAUAAAUAUAACUAAGGAUGUAAACCACUUUGUGUAGAGACGUUGUUCGAGGGAUAAGCUAGAAAUUACCGCGUACGAUUGUACAUUUUGACCAUUACACUAGUUGAGUAUUCCUUUUUUUUUAUUGUUCCACAAAUCGCCCAAGAACUAUGCACUUUUGAAAAACAAUCAUCAUUUUAUCGAUUGUGACUGUUAUUGCCACCCAUAAUUACCUGAAAAAAAGGAUGCGUAUCGUUUCUGGUUAGGGAAUUCAAGAAUUAAAAGAAACUCGAGGAAAAACAAGAAGUGGGAAAUGGCGACUGCCUUCCCUUAUCAUGUGCUUGUAUAGUCUGAAAGAAUAUUUCUCCAUGAAAGAAGAGUGGCAUCUCAACAAUUAUUGCCAAAUAGCCUUUAACUGGCUGUGUUCAAUCAGUUAACUUACAUUCGUGGGAAGAUUAUGCCUUUCAUUUAGGAAAAAACCGCAUUUCCUUCUUUAGGUCAUUCUUGUAAGGAAAUUCGCGACGCAAGUUCCCAUCUUAAAGACGGGGAGUACUGGAUCUUUCUUAAGAAGAACGGAAGCCUUUUAAAGGUCUACUGUGAUAUGACAACCGAUGGAGGUAAGGAAUGGAUGUUUAAGAAAACUAAUAACGAUAAUGGUGUUUUUUUACUUCUGCACAUACUGUCAUUUUAUAAUAAAUGGAAUGUAAAAUUAUUUUGCUUAAUCAAGAAUUUCAUUUCAUUUAAUUUCUUUUUUUCCAGGAGGUUGGCUUCUGGUCUCCAACGUUGUCGUCUGCAACCUAUCCUCGCUACUGUUUUCAUACGAAUCAUCAUACCAUGAAAUAAGCAAUUAUCACAACAAGUCGUUGUUACUCACGACAGAUGCCAUGAAGGAACUGAGAACACAAUUGUCUUUCACUCAGUUGAGAUUCCACUGCAGCAAAAACAAGGGACGUACUUUCCAUUUGACCACGGCUGCUAACAGCAGUGGUGAAGCAGUAGUGCAAUACUUCAGUGGUCAGACAGAUGCCAAACCGAAAGUAUGUGGCUCGUUUGUGAGGAUGAAUGAUGACAACUCGAAGUUAGCUGCUGAUUGUAGUCAAUGGUACGGUAAAACGUGGGGAAACUCUAAUAAAGGACAAAACAGAUAUCGUGUCGUUGCUUUUGUCUAUGGGAAAUAUCACUGGCUUUUGUUUGGGAGCUCAAGAUGGGAAUGUGACGACUACAUCUCUAAUAGGGCAGAAUAUUUUGGAUUGUCCACAGGUGACUUCUGGAGGGUUUUUGUUCGUUAAGGCCAAAUGCAACUAGUAACUGAACAGUUCUCAUUGUCUGGAAAAAAAUUCAAUGGCUGACCAAGAUCAGUGUCACGUUUUGUCGUUUUUUAUCCUUUUGUUGCUAAAGCAAGCCUCCACUGCUAAAAUAAACUGUUAUUAGAACUAUCGGGAUAAAAACUAUGCACAAUUUUUGGCACGUUGAAAUGAUGAUACUUGAACCCCGAUGCAACCGUAGUUUAGUCAUAAUUGUAGUUAGUUAAAUAAUUAUUAUCUGUAGUAAUUGUUUUGGAAACGGUGAAAGGACUGAGUGGAGUCCAAGUCGGUCUGUAAUCAUAAGAAUGAGUAGCUAAGUUAUGAAAGAAAGAGAAAUUUACAUUAAAAGACUGACAAAGGAGGCGUAAAUUGUUCAACUGUUUUAUAUAAUUGAUUGAUUUAAACUAAAACUUUGAACGUGAUUGGCUUAUUGAACUGUCUGAUAACAGUGCUUUGACGAAGAGCUAAGGCUCGAAACGUCAGCUUUUAAACUCUUUACGGUGUCAAAUUUACGUUAUCAACUCAAUUGAUAAUACUUAAUAACCCUGUCUGAUAACAACUUGUCAGUUGGUGGAAAAUAGGUUUUUUUUUUUUUAAAUUACGAUUUAUUCAAUCUGUUUAACGGCUUCUUGAAAUUUUAAUUAAUUCUGUUAUUGGCCAAUAUAUAAUGUUUAAUGGUAGUAAUUUUUUUAGUUUGAAAAGCGAAAGUUCUAUCUUAAUUGAUAAGUAUCCACUUUGGGAACGAACUGUGAAAUGAUAAGCGAUAAAGGAUUUAUCACUAAUAAAAUAUCCGUCUGAAUUUCUCCUUAAUUUUGAACAAAAGUUACCAAUUUAUUUAAUUUUGGAUUAAUGGUAGAUUAAUUUUUUAAAUUUGUGAUAUACUUGUGAAACUAAUUUAUUCAUAAAGCUAUGUUGUCAAAUAGUGACUGAAUUCGUUCACUCAAACUGGCAGAUGUUAAAAUGCACGAGACUUUUUUAUGUAAAAUGGUAAAGUUUUUAUAUUCUAUCGCCUCAGAUGUUUUCCGAAAGUUACUCUUGCAACAAAACCAACAGAAAGAAAUGAAACUCGACCCAUUUCAAAAGUUCUAAUCCAUUCGCCUAAAAUAACAUUGAAAUGAUGAAUAAUUUAUGAGAAUUAUUUGAGAGAUUUUCAACACAGCAUUUGCUGACCCUGCCGUUGCAAGUAGAAUGACUUUGGAAAACAUCUUUCGUCCUCCAGAAGGCGCAAAGCACGCGAGUAUAAAAUAGAACGAUAAGAUUACAACGUAAGCUACAUCGGUAUCUAAGUGUCACCAUAGCAACACACCCAAACUCAAGAUAGUCUCGAUUGCGAUAGCUCUCGCCUUGUAUUAGUAUUACAGCCUCUAUUUCGGAUGUACUCCUUGUGACUUAAAUAGUUACGUUUCUACUGAAAAUACUUCUUGAUGGAUUGAUGCUUCUUGAAAAAGAAAGAAAUGUUUAAUUGGCCAGCUGAACAUCGGAAAAUAAAGAUUAAUCUCCGAAGUGUUGUGUUCAAAUUGUUCUAAAAAUACUGUGGAAGCUUUACGUAACUAAAUCAUUCAUAAAGACAUCAUUUAAACAGAGACUACCUUCAGCUCACACAAAGUGGGAGGUGUUUAUGAAAACGUAAAAUUCUAUUUUUCAAUGAAUAACAAUUUUUCGCAGCUGUCGUUUCAAUGUUUUCCGAAUGGCAAAAAAAAAACACCUAAAACUAAAGCUCGACUUUUGAAAAUUAAUUUUAUUCUGUUUUCACUGGGUGUGAAGCUUUAAAAAUGACUUAAACCUCUUAUUUAACAAAUAGAAAAGCCUUGACUGUGCUCUGUUCUGUUAUAAAGCACUUAGGAAGCGGCUAGAGCACGAAAGAAGUGUAGGGAGAAACACGAGACGUAGUUUAUUUAUUAUUUUUAUAUAUUUAUUUUUUCAAAAACAUCGUGAGUUUUAUGUUCCGAUAUAACAAACGAUUGAUGAGCUUUUAGCCAGGCUGGCAGCAUGACAUCAAAAAUUAUCCCCUCAGGGGUCUCAGAGCUCUAUCGUAAUAAUAAACAAGAAGAUAUAACCAACUUCAGUUAAUAUCCCGAGACAAUAGCACUGAUUCUAGCCAAUAGCUCGUUUCUUUACUGUUUUGCAGGUAAUUUAGUGUUAAAAACCGAGUUGAAAACGUAAAUUAGCCACCGUAAAGAGUAAAAAAGCAGACGUUUCGAGCGUUAGCCCUUCGUCAGAGCGAUAGGAUAAUUUUUGAUGUCAUGCUGUCAGCCUGGCUAGAAACUCAUCAAUCGCUCUGACGAAGGGCUAACACUCGAAAAGGCAGCUUUUUUACCCUUUACGGUGGCUAAUUUACGUCUUUAACUCAGUUGUUAACACUAAAAUUACCUGCUUUACUCUCCCACCGACGCAGCACCACAGUUUCCUUAGAAAAUUACUCCUUUAUUUCUUUAUUGUUUUGUCUACCUGCUGUGGUAAACGUGGAGAGAAGUAAUCAUUUUAGUUCACUGAAAGAAAAAGCUUACAAUAAGCUUCUCAUAAUGGCAACAUGGAUACCACGCUUCUCCUUUCCACGUGGCGCCUGAUAUGAACAGAGACCAACUUCAGUUAACGCAAAGUGGCAGAUGUUUAAAAUCUAUGUUUAUUUUUCCCUAUGAAAACGGAAAAUUCUAUUUUUCAAUGAAAACAACUUUUUCGCAGCUAUUGUUUUCAAUGUUUUACGAAAAACAAAAACACCUAGAACUAAAGCUCGACUUUUGAAAACAACUUUUAUUCUCUUGCACUGGGUGUGAGGCUUUAAAAAUGACUGAAAAACUUAUUGAUAGAUCAAAACAACAGCUGGAAACGACUCCCACGUACAUAGAUACGUUUUGAUAUAGUUCUAGAAACUUCCUACAGUCAGGAGUCUCCUUAAAUUUGCAAAACUUAGGUUGAAACAAGUGUUUCUCUCUUUUGAUUUCUGUUUUCUUUUUCUCUUUAGUUUUUAAUUUUUUGUCGCCCAAAGGUGAACCUUUUUAUACGAUGUAAGAUUUUUUGAAAACUACAUUUAUUAUUUUCAUAUAUUUAUUUUUUCAAAAACAUCGUGAAUUUUAUGUUCCGAUAUAACAAACGAUUGAUGAGUUUCUAGCCAGGCUGGCAGCAUGACACCAAAAAUUAUCCUUUAAGGGUCUCAGAGCUCUAUCGUAAUAAUAAACAAGAAGAUAUAACCAACUUCAGUUAAUAUCCCGAGACACGGGAGUCAAGCCAAUAACUCGUUUCUUUACUGUUUUGUCUACCUGUUGUGGUGAACGUAGAAGAGAAGUAAUCAUUUUAUUUCACCGAAGGGAAAAGCUUACAAUAAGCUUAUCAUAAUGGCGACACGGAUACCACGCUUCUCCUUUCCAUCUGGCGCAUGAUAUGAAAAUGCGAGGGUCAGUUUUUCACGUGUCUAGAUCUAAAUCGGGAUUUGGAUUCCACUUGCUAGCAACCUUACCAAGUUUAUCAAAGUUAACUACAACAACGUCUAUAUUGAAAAAUAAAAUAACCAAAAAUACAGCCGUCUCCCAUAGAUUCCCUCUGAGCCAACAAACAUCCCCCCUGUAAGAAAGACGAACGAUGACUUUUAUCUACUAAGAGUUUGUCCCCGGUGUGAUAUAAUUCCCUCACAAAAAUCAAUUCCGCUCAAAUUGGCCAUAAAACACAACAACGUUCAGUAGGAGAAAACUUUAAUUGCCUACCAUAGCAUCCCGCUGAUCCAACAGAGAUGCACCAUAGUAAUGAAUUAAGGAUAGGGGCUAAUUAAUUAUUAUCUAUAAUUAUCUCUAAACAACCUUCCAGCUUCAGUUAGCCGUUGGCAACUUGUUCUAAACAAAAGUGUUUCACACCUCAAGAGAAGACCAGUCGGAGUCUGUCUAGGAAACAACGAAUACUUUCACCCAGGUAUGUGUAUAACUGUUCCGUAGUUUACUAUACAAUCUCUUUUUCAAGUUAAAAUUGAGGUACGUCUGAAAAAGGUGAGCCAUAACCCGUGUCUCCUCAAUUGCAGAUCUCUUUUUUCCUGAAAAGGGUCAAUAAGCCCUAAAAUUAAAGGAAACUAAAAAAAAAAAGUUCUCAACGGACGUUACAAUGUACAAUUAAGAACGAUCUUUUCUUAUGUACGAAGCCCAAAUUUCUAUAAAGGUGACAUUUUUUCGUCGCCGAAUUUUUAAAAGACGAUUUUGAAUAGAUGGCGAGACAGGUGAGUCUACUAAUUUCAAGAAAUGUAAAUUUUUAAGACUACAAAUUGUGCUAACCUUAUGGGCUUCAGCAGUUUUGUUGUCAUAGAAAAAAAUAUACUCCUGCUUAUUUACAGCAAAUUGCACUCACAAUCAUAUUAUUACCUAUGUGCUUUAAGUUUUAUCAAGCUGUCAAAAGUAACUGAUGUUUUCACUCAGUUUCUCAUUUUUUUUUCCCGCAAACUGAUCAGAAAAGACAAGACUUCAAAAGGAGAGGGAGGAAAGGCAGAUUUUAAAGCGACAAAAUUUCAUUUUCUUCAAUAACCUACUCCCAAAAUUGUCUUUAACUCAAACAUUAACAAUAAACGAUGUUCAUCUUGUAUUUGCAGGUGUCAUAACUCUGAUCUGCUUCUCAUGGCUGGUAGACAUGCUUCAUUUUUUACCGUGCUAUUUUUCAUUUCUCAACUGUCCGGUGACAAUGCCAGUCAGCAGUGUGGAGCUGGCGGCGACCUGUACUCCAUUUACCAAAUGAUGCUUAAGGGCCACACUUACAAGUCGUUCAAGACUGCACCGGGUACUCCGGAAUGCAGAGAGGCUUGUCUUGCUGAUGUCAAAUGUCAAAGCUACAACGUCGUUAUGUUCAUUGCAGUAUGCGAGUUAAACAACCGAUCUAAAGAGGCCAGACCAGAGGACUUUGUCAAGAACAAGGACAGAUACUACAUGGCGAAAGGUCCAAAACAAGGUGAUAGAACAUGCAAAGAUUAAAAAACCAAAUUGAAGUAAAGAGGGGGGAGGAGGGGAAGGGGGAAGGGGACAUUCAACUGAUCUGCGAGCGUGACUUUUAAUGUACCCAAUAUGACGCUGGGCAUCGUAUGACGUAUGUUUUUUACAGAAGUGUAAAAAGUCUAUAGACUGCUCAUUAUAGAGUAAGUCCUUAACAUUCCUCGCAAAGUAUAUCUUAAGGGUAAUAGAAACAAACUAUAUGGGUAAUCUGACUUUCGUGGACUUUACGCUGUCAGCAGUGAAUCUUUCUUACUCUUAUUCUGCUAACAUUAAUCACUUUAAUUGCAGUUCCCCUCGGAUCAAUUCGUGAGUUGCCCGCGGAAUCGUGCAAGGAGAUCAAGGCGAGUAAAGGCGGAAAGGUGGUCAGCGGUAAAAUUUAUUGGAUGGAUUCAACACGAUCUGGUAACUCUAUUUUAGCUGGCUGUGACAUGAAGACUGAAGGUUGGUACAAGACAUGGUUCUUAGCAUUUUGUUGCCAUGCCAAUAAGAGGACUUUUUUUAAUCAAUUUUCUUUGUCCCUAGUUGCAGACUAUUGUGUCAAACACCAGUGCCAAAACGAUGCAAAGUGUGUGAACCGUGAGACGAACUACACGUGUGCGUGUAACUCAUCUGGCUGGACAGGAAAAUAUUGUGAAAAAGGUUCGCCUUUUGUUAAAAUCAUCUCCCAUUUUUAGGAGCAUGUUAAACAAAUAAGAUGAGGGAUACUUAAUUAAGAUAUGUUUAUCCACAGAUGUCAACGAAUGCGUGGAAGGUCUUCAUGGUUGUGAUCCCAACGCCAUUUGUGAUAAUACUGUGGGUUCCUACAACUGCACAUGUAGACCAGGAUUAAUUGGAGACGGAAAAAACAGCUGCAUAAGUACAGGUAAGGAUGUAAACCACUUUGUGCGGAGACGUUGUUAGAGGGAUAAGCUAGAAAUUACCGCGUACGAUUGUACAUUUUGACUACUACAAUAGUUGAGUAUUCCUUUUUUUCUUUUUAUUGUUCCACAAAUCGCGCAAGAAUUAUGCACUUUUGAACAACAAUCAUCAUUUUAUUGCUCGUGACUGAUGUUGUCACACAUACUUACCUAAAAACCAAUCAGGAUGCGUUUCGUUUCUGGUCAAGGAAUUCUAGAAUUAAAAGAAACUCAAGGAAAAACAACAGUUGGAAAAUGGCGACUACCUUCCCUUAUCAUGUGCAUGUAUAGUCCGAAAGAAUAUUUCUCUACAAACGAAGAGCAGCAUCUUAACAAUUAUUAAUAAUCAGUUAACUCACAUUGGUGGGAAGAUUAUGCUUUUCAUUUAGGAAAAAACCGCAUCUCCUUCUUUAGGUCAUUCUUGUGAGGAAAUUCGGAACGCAAGUUCCCAUCUUAAAGACGGGGAGUACUGGAUCGCUCUUAAGAAGAAAGGAAGCCUUUUAAAGGUCUACUGUGAUAUGACAACCGAUGGAGGUAAGGAAUGGAUGUUUAAGAAAAACUAAUAACGAUAACAGUGGUUUUUUUUUACUUCUGUACAAACUGUCCUUCUAUAAUUAAUGGAAUGCAAUAUUAUUUUGCAAAAUAAAGAAUUUCAGUUCAUUUCAUUUCUUUUUUCCAGGAGGUUGGCUUCUGGUCUCCAACGUUGUCGUCGGCAACCUAUCUUUGCUACAGUUUUCAGAGGAAUCAUCAUACCAUGAAAUAAGUAAAUGUCACAACAAGUCCUUGUUACUCACGACAGAUGCCAUGAAGGAACUGAGAACACACUUGUCUUUCACUCAGUUGAGAUUCCACUGCCGCAAAAACAAGAGACGUACUUUCCAUUUGACCACGGCUGGUAACAGCAGUGGUGAAGCAGUAGUACAAUACUUCAGUGGUCAGACAGAUGCUAAUCCGAAAGCAUGUGGCUCGUUUGUGAGGAUGAAUGAUGACAACUCGAAGUUAGCUGCUGAUUGUAAUCAAUGGGGCAAUAAAGAGUGGGGAUACCCUUUUAAAGGAAAAAGGAGAAAUCUAUUCGUUGCUCGUGUCCAAGGGAAAUAUCGCUGGUUUUUAAAAGGGAGCUCAAGAUGGGAAUGUGACGACUUAAUCAACAAUGAUACAGAACAUUUUGGAUUGUCCACAGGUGACUUCUGGAGGGUUUUUGUUCGUUAA